AAAAUGAGGCAACCCGCCCAUUUUCCAACCUCCAACAGUAUUCAUGCUUUCCUUCGAAGAGGCAGGAAGCAAAAGCAGAUUAAAAGUCGGACAUUUACUGUCCUACUUUGUAGACACCGUGGCGACAAGCUGACGCCACACGGCCGUCGUCAGGAGCGGGAAUUAUCCGAGCUAAACGUUUUACUCCUCACACACGAACGAUGUGGAAAAAAGAAAUUUAGGGAUUGAGACUCAAACAGGAUAAGCAGGAUGUUUCAAAGUUUGGACUUGUUGACGUUAAGCUUCCUCCUAAUAAUGGUUAAAUCCCAACAAGAGCUGGUGAAGGAUGUGCAGUGCUACAUCCAUUCCGCUAAUCAAGCUCACUGCUCCUGGGUCCCGUGCAGUCCUGCGCCAGAUCUAAAGUUUUACUAUCAGUUAUGGAAUGAGAGUUUCUCCGACCCUGUCGACUCACCUGUCUUACAGUGCUCAGAGUACCGUUACCCUGAUGGGGUGAGGACUGGUUUUGAUCUGAAGGCGAACAUUUUCCAGUCCAUCGUUAUCUUGAUAAAUGGAACGCUCAACAACGCCAUGAAACCCCUUGAGAAAAUUUUUUUUUCAGAGAAUGUGAGGCCUCCUGCCCUUAAUUGGACAGUCACUAAAACUGGGGAUCAAUUCCUUAUCAGCUGGACUCCUCCUGACAUCCCAGCGACCUGGACAUAUGUAAUAAAUUACACUGAGUGUAAUGAAUCAAAGACUAAAGAGGUUGAAAAAAAUGAAACAUCCUUGGCCCUGGUCCCUCACUGUCCGUACAGUAUUAAAAUUAAAGCAACGUGUUCUGGAGGAUGGACCCCAUGGAGCGAUGUGAAGUAUUUUGAUGUAGGAACCAGUCCUUGGGUGUAUGCUGGCAUUGUCGUCCCGUUGGUGUUCGCCGGCCUGGCAGUCCUGGUUUUUGUGUGUUUCAGGAAGAAUAAGGAACGUAUUUUUCCCAAAGUACCACAACCUCGGGACCUCAUCAGCGAUAUUUAUGACAACAACAAUAAGAGCACUGUUUGCAACCUGUACAUCCCGGCAAAGGAAGAAGACAACUGUAAAAUCACUCUGGUGGAAGAGCCCCAAAUCAACAAACUGGACUAACGUCACGUCUCUGAAGUGGCGACAGCUAAAAACGUCGCCCACCUUAUUGUUGUGCUGGCUAAACAAAGGCAUUGGGAGAGCUAACUGUUGAACUGAUGAAUGCAGGAGAUGAUUAGCCAAGUGUGUCAAGGGACACAUCAACAAACAAACAGCGGUAGCUACUGCUUCCCUCUUCAUUGUUCUCAAACUGAUGUAGUUCAAAGUCCAACUUCACAAAGCUUACUUUUAAUUAUUUUUAUACCUUUUUUAAUAUAAAGUGCCAUGUUAAAAUGUUCUUGUUAAUCAGUGUGCCAUAUCACCAUUAAGCCUGCCAUGGUCUAUUGAGCCCGCUCGGGUAGCGUUAUUUUUUUUUUCUUUCAGUUCUUGCGAAGAAGCCAACGAGUACUAGCCAAUCAGAGUAGGGCAGGUCUUUAGCGGCAUGCAGAAAAGUUCAUUUCAUUUGUUAAACAGGAAAAUUUAAAAGCAACAAUUAAGUUACAAUAUAAACGGGCCUGACUCCGUUUAAAAACUGGUUUCCGGCAGGUUCCUGUUCUGCAGCAACAUAGAACAUUGAACACAAUUUCGGCACACAUUUUUACAGGACAAUAUCAUGGACUAGACAAAUACAAACAAAUAAAACAUUAAAUAUGGACAAACAAGACUAGAACAAUACAUGAACAAUCAAUGUGUGCAAGUGUGACUAUCAAGAAGAAGUACUUUUAUACUUCUCUACAUCCAUGUGUUCCCCCAGAGGUGCUGAAGCAAAACCUAUUCAGAAACAGAAUUUAUUUAUUUUUCUACAACUUUUUUGGGGAUAAUUGAGUCAUUGUUUUAGCAUUAACCAAGCUGUUUUUUCUCUGUUUUUAUAUAUCCAUUUAUUGUCUGUUGAUCAUUGAUCAUUGAUCAUUGAUCAUUUACUUGUAGAGCAAGUCGUUAGCUGUUGCUCUUUUCAUGAAGGAGCCAUUCUAUAAAGGUGUGGCCUUCAGAGGACUUGAACGCUCGCACUACAAGUCCUCUGAAAACCACAUGUGGUUUACAAAGAAUUCCCCAUAGCGUUGUUGCCUGUUUAUUUUUAUAUCAGCUUGGACAAAAGCCAGGGGAACACCUGGCUCACCUGACCUCUAGCUUACCCAGUAAGAGCAUGUUCCCCAUGUAGGCGGAGUCCUUGGCAGCGGCGCGGGUUGGAAUCCGACCUGCUGCCCUCUGCUGCGUGUCAAAAUGCCCCAAAAAAUAAGCUUUAAAAACAAAAAAGAUAUUCAUAUUUAGCGUUGAUACGCCUGUUUAUAGAGCUGAAACUUGCAUGGUCGGUUAUGCAUUUGCACACAGACAUGCAGUUCUAUUGAAUGUAUUCUUCACCCGGGACAGUAGGCUGAAGCGCCUAUCUGCUCUAACUGUUACCAGCCUCUUUCUUUCUGUCGAGGGCUAUGUGAAAUGAUAGAAUCACUCCGGUAGAAAUAGGUAUCAAUAUUGUCGCUAAACAGCACAGCAAGAAGGUUAGAUGCCUUUGUGCUGCUUUUGGAUGGUUUAUAAAUCUAACGAAGUAUAUAAGUUUUGAAUGCGAAAUUUUAAAAUCUGUAUCUGUUUACAUCACAUAUCAAGCAUUCACUGUUGCUGAUUUAGAGGAACAGUUUGACAUUUGAGAAGAAAACAAAUGCUCAUUCGCGUUCUUGCCACGGGUUAGAUGAUAAGAACUGAUACCAUUCUUAACAUCUACAUGGAAAAUAUGUCUAGUUGGAACCAGCAGUGCAUAAAUACUGGAAACAGCUAGUUUCCCUCCAGGAAGAAAGGAAGAACAUGUACCUACCAGCACCUCUAAAGGACUUUUCACUUUAGAAUUUAAAACCCAUUUUAAUUGUAGAAUUGCCUUUACUGUUACCACAGUAUAUCUUGUGUGUUUACUCUGUGAAAAUAAAGUCACAUUAUGGUUUUAAGGGGG